AUGAAUGAGAAACAAAUUCUCGGCGUUGCUGGUAGCAGUAAUGAUGUACACCUUAUGACAUUAGAAUAUUAUAACGAACAUAAAGAUGAACUGAAAGGAGAGAAGGGUGACACCGGACCUCAAGGACCACAAGGAAUACAAGGAAUACAAGGAAUACAAGGACCUCAAGGCGAAAACGGUUUGGAUGGUGAAGAUGGAAAGGAUGGAAAAACUGCUAAAUCAUGGAUAUGGAACCUUAUAAAUACUGGUUUAACAGCUGCUUCAUAUGGAGUUCUUCAAUACCAAAUCGGAAAGAUAUGGGCAGUACUUGGUGAAGAAGUUUUAGAUGACGUUAAAAAUGCUUUGAACUUCAUUUCAAAUGGUUCGGAUACUAUUAAAACUUUAUCUGGUUGGAUGCAAGAAACAAGGAGUCAAAUAGAUACUGUAAGACGUAUAGCAAACAAUGCACGUACGGGAUUGGAUACUUUACGAGAAGCACAAAAUACACUAAAGGAAGCAAAUGAUAUUCUUGGCUCAGUAUCAGACAUGCAUGAAGAUUGGCUUAAAGGUAUUGACGAAUCUUUAAAAAAUCACAGUCAGUCUAUUGCUGACUACAAGAAAAGUAUAGAUUUUUUACAUAGUGCUAUGGACGUACAUGAUGGAAGCAUAAGGAACUUACUUAAUGCUAACAAUAACUUACCAGGAACUAUUAAAGCAUUUAUAAAGUCCUUUGUAAAACCUGGUGCUCUAACAUUUAGGUCUUUGAGAGCAAGAGCAUUGAAGUCAAGAGAUGCAGAAACUCCAACAGAACCUACAGAAGGAACCGAAACAACAGAAACUCCAGAAGAACCACCAAAACCAACAGCUAAUGAAAUAUU